GUUUAUUCCCUGCUGUCCUGAAUCUUGCUUCCAAUGCACUCAUCAUGACCAAUGCAACAUGUGGAGAAAGGGGACCUGAAAUGUACUGCAAGUUGGUAGAGCAUGUCCCUGGGCAGCCUGUGAGGAACCCCCAAUGUCGAAUAUGCAAUCAAAACAGCAGCAAUCCAUACCAGAGACACCCAAUUACAAAUGCUAUUGAUGGAAAGAACACUUGGUGGCAGAGUCCCAGUAUUAAGAAUGGAAUUGAAUACCAUUAUGUGACAAUUACACUGGAUUUACAACAGGUGUUCCAGAUUGCUUAUGUGAUUGUGAAAGCAGCCAACUCCCCUCGGCCUGGAAACUGGAUUUUGGAACGCUCGCUGGAUAAUGUAGAGUACAAGCCCUGGCAGUAUCAUGCCGUGACAGACACGGAGUGCCUGACCCUCUACAAUAUUUAUCCUCGCACCGGGCCCCCAUCAUAUGCCAAAGAUGAUGAGGUGAUCUGCACUUCAUUUUAUUCGAAGAUACACCCUUUAGAAAAUGGAGAGAUUCACAUUUCUUUGAUCAACGGGAGGCCAAGCGCUGACGACCCCUCCCAGGAGCUGCUGGAAUUCACCUCUGCACGCUACAUUCGCCUGAGGUUUCAGCGCAUCCGCACCCUGAAUGCAGACCUCAUGAUGUUCGCUCACAAAGACCCCAGAGAAAUCGACCCCAUUGUCACCAGAAGAUAUUAUUACUCUGUCAAGGAUAUUUCAGUUGGAGGCAUGUGCAUCUGCUAUGGUCAUGCCAGGGCUUGUCCACUUGAUCCAGCGACAAAUAAAUCUCGCUGUGAGUGUGAGCACAACACUUGUGGUGAGAGCUGUGACCAGUGCUGUCCCGGAUUCCACCAGAAACCCUGGAGAGCUGGGACUUUCCUGACCAAGACUGAGUGUGAAGCAUGCAAUUGUCAUGGAAAAGCUGGAGAAUGCUAUUAUGAUGAAAAUGUUGCCAGAAGAAAUCUGAGUCUAAAUAUACAUGGGAAGUACAUCGGAGGUGGUGUGUGUAUCAAUUGCACACAGAACACUGCUGGCAUAAAUUGUGAGACGUGUAUUGAUGGCUUCUUCAGACCCAAAGGGGUGCCACCAAGUUAUCCAAGGCCAUGCCAGCCAUGUCAUUGUGAUCCCGUGGGUUCCUUGAGUGAUGUCUGUGUCAAGGAUGAGAAAUAUGCCCGCCGAGGUCUGGCACCUGGAUCCUGUCAUUGCAAAGCUGGUUUUGGAGGAUUAAGCUGUGAUCGGUGUGCCAGGGGCUACUUCGGCUACCCAGACUGCAAACCCUGUAACUGCAGUGGCCCAGGGAGCACAAAUGAGGACCCUUGUUUUGGGCCAUGUACCUGCAAGGAGAACGUUGAAGGAGGAGACUGUAGUCGUUGCAAAUCUGGCUUCUUCAACUUGCAAGAGAAUAAUCCAAAAGGCUGUGAUGAGUGCUUCUGUUCAGGGGUCUCAAACAGAUGUCAGAGUUCCUACUGGACUUAUGGCAAUGUAAGAACCUUCAUUUAAUUUUGUAUGCGUGGUUGGUAUUUGACUGACAUCUCUGGCCACAUUCAAGUAGCUCCCCAUCAGGACAACUCAGACUCACCCCACCAGAUCAGCAUCAGUAACACGGAAGCCAGGAGAGCCCUUCCAGACAACUACUACUGGAGUGCGCCAGCUCUGUACUUGGGAAACAAACUGCCAACAGUAGGAGGACAAUUGACAUUUACCAUCUCCUAUGACCUCGAAGAAGAGGAGGAAGAUACAGAAAACAUCCUGCAGCUGAUGAUCAUCUUAGAAGGAAAUGACUUGAGAAUCAAAGCCCAAGAGGAGGUGCAUUUGCAGCCAUCUGAUGGACACAUUAAUGUAUUAUCACUCAAAGAAGAAUCAUUUACCAUACAUGGCACAAAUUUUCCAAUCAGUAGAAAUUUUAUGACAGUGCUUGCGAAUUUGAAGCGAAUCCUCAUACAAAUCACAUACAGCUUUGGGAUGAAUGCAUCUUUUAGGUUGAGUUCUGUUAACCUCGAGUCUGCUGUCACCUAUCCUACUGAUGGAAGUGUUGCAUCUGCUGUGGAAGUUUGUCAUUGUCCACCAGGGUAUAGUGGCUCUUCUUGUGAAUCUUGUUGGCCUAGACACAGAAGAAUUAAUGGCACUGUUUUUGGUGGCAUCUGUGAACCAUGUCAAUGUUUUGGUCAUGCGGAAUCCUGUGAUGAUGUCAGUGGAGAAUGCCUGAACUGUAAGGAUCACACAGGGCCUUAUUGCAAUAAAUGUCUUCCUGGUUUCUAUGGCGACCCUACCCAAGGAACCUCUGAAGAUUGUCAGCCCUGUGCCUGUCCACUUGAUAUUCCAUCCAAUAACUUUAGCCCGACGUGCCAUUUAGACUGGAGUCUUGGAUUGAUCUGUGAUGAAUGCCCUGUCGGGUACACAGGACCACGCUGUGAGAGGUGUGCGGAAGGCUAUUUUGGACAACCUUCUGUACCUGGAGGAUCAUGUCGGCCAUGCCAAUGCAAUGACAACCUUGACUUCUCCAUCCCUGGCAGCUGUGACAGCUUGUCUGGCUCCUGUCUGAUAUGUAAGCCAGGUACAACAGGCCGGUACUGUGAGCUCUGUGCUGAUGGAUAUUUUGGAGACGCAAUUGAUGCAAAGAACUGUCAGCCCUGUCGUUGUAAUGUCAAUGGCUCCUACUCGGAGAUUUGCCACACUCGAACAGGACAGUGUGAAUGCAAACCCAACGUGCAGGGACAGCGCUGUGAUGAAUGUAAGCCUGAAACCUUUGGUCUACAAUCUGCAAGGGGGUGUGUUCCCUGCAACUGCAAUUCUUUUGGAUCUAAAUCAUUUGACUGUGAAGAGAGUGGACAGUGUUGGUGUCAACCUGGAGUCACAGGAAAGAAAUGUGAUCGUUGUGCCCAUGGCUAUUUCAACUUCCAAGAAGGAGGCUGCACAGCUUGUGACUGUUCCUACCUGGGUAAUAAUUGCGAUCCAAAGACCGGUCGAUGCAUUUGCCCUCCCAACACCAUUGGAGAGAGGUGCUCUGCGUGUGCACCCAAUACCUGGGGCCACAGCAUUGUCACCGGUUGUAAGGCUUGUAACUGCAGCACAGUGGGAUCCUUGGAUUUCCAAUGCAAUGUAAAUACAGGCCAGUGCAAUUGUCAUCCAAAAUUCUCUGGUGCAAAAUGUACAGAGUGCAAUCAAGGGCACUGGAACUACCCUCACUGCAGUCUCUGUGACUGCUUCCUGCCGGGGACAGAUGCCACAACCUGCAAUUCAGAGACUAAAAAAUGUUCCUGUAGGGAUCAAACUGGGCAGUGUACUUGUAAGGUGAACGUGGAGGGCAUCCACUGCGACAGGUGCCGACCUGGCAAAUUUGGACUCGAUGCCAGGAACCCACAUGGCUGUAGCAACUGCUAUUGCUUUGGCGUCAUUCAUCAGUGCUCUGAAGCAAAGGGGCUGAUCCGUACGUGGGUGACCCUGACGGCUGAACAGACUGUUCUCCCUUUGGUGGACGAGGCACUGCAACAUACAACUACUAAAGGCAUUGCUUUUCAACAUCCUGAGAUUGUUGCAGACAUGGAUCGGGUCAGACAAGACCUUCAUUUGGAACCUUUUUAUUGGAAACUCCCAGAACAAUUCGAAGGAAAGAAGUUGAUGGCCUAUGGAGGCAAGCUCAAGUACACAAUCUACUUUGAGGCUCGGGAAGAGACAGGCUUCUCUACGUAUAAACCUCAAGUCAUCAUUCGAGGAGGGGCUCCUACUCAUGCUAGAGUUAUCAUCAGGCAUAUGGCUGCACCUCUCAUUGGCCAACUCACAAGGCAUGAAAUUGAAAUGACAGAGAAAGAAUGGAAAUAUUAUGGUGAUGAUCCUCGAAUCAGCAGAACCGUGACUCGUGAGGACUUCUUGGACGUACUAUAUGAUAUUCAUUAUAUUCUUAUCAAGGCUACUUAUGGAAAUAUCAUACGACAAAGCAGGAUUUCUGAAAUCUCCAUGGAGGUAGCUGAACUAGGACACAUAACAGCAACAACUCCUCCAGCUCACUUGAUAGAAAAAUGUGACUGUCCCCCGGGCUACUCUGGCUUAUCCUGUGAGACAUGCUUGCCAGGAUUUUAUCGACUGCGCUCUGAACCAGGUGACCACACCCCUGGACCAACCCUGGGCACCUGUGUUCCAUGUCAGUGCAAUGAACACAGCAACCUGUGUGACCCCGAAACAUCCGUAUGCCAGAAUUGUCAGCAUCACACUACUGGUGAUUUCUGUGAGCGAUGUGCUCUUGGCUACUAUGGAAUUGUCAAGGGAUUGCCAAAUGACUGCCAGCAAUGUGCUUGCCCUCUGAUUUCUUCCAGCAACAAUUUCAGCCCUUCUUGUGUCAUGGAAGGACUGGAUGAUUACCGCUGCACAGCUUGUCCACGGGGAUAUGAAGGCCAGUACUGUGAAAGGUGUGCCCUUGGCUACACUGGCAGCCCACGCAGCCCUGGAGGUUCCUGCCAAGAAUGUGAGUGUGACCCCUAUGGCUCUCUGCCUGUCCCCUGUGACCCAGUCACAGGGCUCUGCACGUGCCGCCCAGGAGCCACGGGAAGGAAGUGUGAUGGCUGCAAGCACUGGCAUGCACGCGAGGCCACGGAGUGUGUUUUUUGUGGAGAUGAAUGCACAGGCAUUCUUCUCAAUGACCUGGCUCGCCUGGAGCAGACGGCCAUGAACGUCAACCUCACAGGCCCACUGCCUGCUCCGUACACACUUCUGUAUGGCCUUGAAAAUACAACCCAAGAGCUCAAGCACCUUCUCUCCCCUCAGCGAGCCCCAGAGAGACUCAUUCAGUUGGCAGAGGGCAAUCUGAAUACACUCGUGAUGGAAGUGAAUGAGCUUCUGACCAGGGCUACCAAAGUGACAGCAGAUGGAGAACAAACAGGACAGGAUGCUGACAGGACCAACACAAGAGCAAAGGCCUUGGGAGAAUUCAUCAAGGAGCUUGCUCAGGAUGCAGAAGCUGUAAAUGAAAAAGCUGUAAAACUCAAUGAAACUCUAGGAACUCAAGACAAGCCCUUGGAGAGAAAUUUGCAAGAGCUUCAGAAAGAGAUUGAUCAGAUGAUGAAAGAACUGAGGAGCAAAAAUCUAGACACACAAAAGGAAGUUGCCGAAGACGAGUUGGUAGCUGCAGAGAGUCUUCUCAAAAAGGUGAACAAAUUGUUUGGAGAGCCCAGGAGCAAAAAUGAGGAAAUGGAAAAGGAGCUCCAGGACAAACUGGCUGAUUAUAAGAACAAACUCGAUGAUGCUUGGGACCUGUUGAGAGAAGCCACAGAUAAAAUCAGAGAAGCUAAUCACUUAUCUGUUCUCAACCAAAAAAACAUGACUGUUUUGGAGAAAAAGAAGGAGGCUGUUGAAAGUGGCAAACGACAAAUUGAGAACACCUUAAAAGAGGGCAAUGACAUACUUGAUGAAGCCAGCCGACUUGCCGAUGAAAUCAACUCAGUCAUAGAUUAUGUGCAAGACAUUCAAACCAAAUUGUCACCAAUGUCUGAAGAGCUUAAAGAUAAAAUAGAUGACCUCUCCCAAGAAAUAAAGGACAGGAAGCUUGCUGAGAAGGUGUCCCAAGCUGAGAGUCAUGCAGCUCAACUGAAUGACUCAUCUGCUGUCCUUGAUGGAAUCCUUGAUGAAGCUAAAAACAUCUCCUUCAAUGCCACUGCAGCCUUCAAAGCUUACAGCAAUAUUAAAGACUAUAUUGAUGAAGCUGAGAAAGUUGCCCAAGAAGCCAAAGCUCUCGCACAUGAAGCUACAAAGCUGGCAACAAGUCCUCAGGGCUUACUAAAGGAAGAUGCCAAAAGCUCUCUUCAAAAAAGCUUCAGGAUUCUUAAUGCGGCCAAGAAGUUAGCAAAUGAUGUACGAGAAAAUGAAGACCAGCUAAAUGGCUUGACAACCAGGUUAGAAAAUGCUGAGGUUAAAAAUAAUGAUCUCCUGAGAGCUUUGAAUGAUACUUUGGGGAAGUUAUCAGCCAUUCCAAAUGACACGGCUGCUAAACUGAAUGCUGUUAAGGACAAAGCCAGAGAAGCCAAUGACACAGCAAAAGAUGUAUUGGCCCAGAUUAAAGAGCUCCACCAGAACCUUGAUGGCCUGAAGCAAAAUUACAAUAAACUAGCAGACAGUGUGGCCAAAACAAAUGCAGUUGUAAAAGACCCUUCCAAGAACAAAAUCAUUGCCGAUGCAGAUUCUACUGUGAAAAAUCUAGAACAUGAAGCUGAUCGGCUGAUAGAUAAACUCAAACCAAUCAAGGAACUUGAGGACAACCUAAAGAAAAAUAUCUCUGAGAUAAAGGAACUCAUAAAUCAAGCCCGGAAGCAAGCCAAUUCUAUCAAAGUCUCUGUGUCUUCGGGAGGUGACUGCAUUCGAACAUACAAGCCAGAAAUCAAGAAAGGAAGCUACAAUAAUAUUAUUGUCAACGUCAAGACAGCUGUUGCUGACAACCUCCUUUUUUAUCUUGGAAGUGCCAAAUUUAUUGAUUUUCUGGCUAUAGAAAUGCGUAAAGGCAAAGUGAGUUUCCUUUGGGAUGUUGGAUCUGGAGUUGGGCGUGUAGAAUAUCCAGAUUUGACUAUUGAUGACUCAUAUUGGUACCGUAUUGAAGCAUCAAGAACGGGGAGAAAUGGUUCUAUUUCUGUGAGAGCUUUAGAUGGACCCAAAGCCAGCAUUGUGCCCAGUACCUACCAUUCUGCAUCUCCUCCAGGGUAUACCAUUCUAGAUGUGGAUGCAAAUGCAAUGCUGUUUGUUGGUGGCUUGACUGGGAAAUUAAAGAAGGCUGACGCUGUGCGUGUGAUUACGUUCACUGGCUGCAUGGGAGAAACACACCUUGACAGCAAACCUAUAGGUCUGUGGAAUUUCCGAGAAAAAGAAGGUGACUGCAAAGGAUGUACUGUCAGUCCUCAGGUGGAAGAUAGUGAGGGGACUAUUCAGUUUGAUGGAGAAGGUUAUGCGUUGGUUAGUCGCCCCAUUCGCUGGUACCCUAACAUCUCCACUGUCAUGUUCAAGUUCCGGACAUUUUCAUCAAGUGCUCUCCUGAUGUAUCUUGCCACACGAGACCUGAAAGAUUUCAUGAGUGUAGAGCUCACUGAUGGGCACAUAAAAGUCAGCUAUGAUCUGGGUUCUGGAAUCGCUUCUGUUGUCAGCAAUCAAAACCAUAACGAUGGGAAAUGGAAAUCAUUCACCCUGUCAAGAAUUCAAAAACAAGCCAACAUAUCAAUUGUAGAUAUUGAUACUAACCAGGAGGAGAACAUAGCAACUUCAUCUUCUGGAAACAACUUUGGUCUUGACUUGAAAGCAGAUGACAAAAUAUAUUUUGGUGGCCUGCCAACCCUGAGAAACUUGAGUAUGAAAGCAAGGCCAGAGGUAAAUGUGAAGAAAUAUUCCGGCUGCCUCCGAGACAUUGAGAUUUCACGAACGCCAUACAAUAUACUCAGUAGUCCUGACUACGUUGGUGUUACCAAAGGAUGUUCACUGGAGAACGUUUACACAGUUAGCUUCCCCAAGCCUGGUUUUGUGGAGCACCCUGUGCCAAUUGAUGUAGGAACAGAUAUCAAUCUGUCUUUCAGCACCAAGAAUGAGUCUGGGAUCAUUCUGUUGGGGAGUGGAGGGACGCCAACAGCACAGAGAAAGCGAAGGCAGACUGGACAGGCCUACUAUGCCAUAUUCCUCAACAAAGGUCGUCUGGAAGUGCAUCUCUCCAUGGGCACACGAACAAUGAGGAAAAUUGUGGUCAAACCAGAGCCAAGUCUGUUUCAUGAUGGAAGAGAACACUCUGUUCAUGUGGAGAGAACCAGAGGAAUCUUUACUGUUCAAGUUGAUGAAGACAGGAGACAUACGCAAAAUCUGACAGUAGAACAGCCUAUUGAAGUCAAAAAGCUUUUCAUUGGGGGUGCUCCACCCGAAUUUCAACCCUCCCCACUCAGAAAUAUUCCUCCUUUUGAAGGCUGUGUAUGGAACCUUGUAAUCAACUCUGCCCCCAUGGACUUUGCACGGCCAGUAUCCUUCAAAAAUGCAGACAUCGGUCACUGUGCUGAUCAGAAGCCCAGGGAAGAUGAAGGUGGAGUGAUUCCAGCUGAAGUCUUUAUCCAGCCUCAACCAGUUCCCACCCCAGCCUUCUCUACACCCACCCCUGCUCUGGCACAUGGUCCUUGUGCUGCAGAGUCAGAACCAGCUCUUUUGAUGAGGAGCAAACAGUUUGGGCUUUCAAAAAACAGUCACAUUGUAAUUGCAUUCGAUGACACCAAAGUUAAAAACCGCCUCACAAUAGAGUUCGAAGUGAGAACUGAAUCUGAAUCAGGAUUGCUUUUUUACAUGGCUCGGAUCAAUCAUGCUGACUUUGCUACAGUUCAGCUGAUAAAUGGAUUCCCCUACUUCAAAUAUGACUUAGGAAGUGGUGACACCAAUACCAUGAUCCCCACCAGGAUAAACGAUGGCCAGUGGCAUAAGAUUAAGAUUAUGCGAAUUAAGCAAGAAGGAAUUCUUUACGUGGAUGAGGCAUCCAACAAAACUCUCAGUCCCAAGAAAGCAGAUAUCCUGGAUGUUGUGGGGAUGUUAUAUGUGGGUGGGUUACCCAUCAACUACACUACCCGAAGAAUUGGUCCCGUGACCUACAGCAUCAAUGGCUGUAUUAGGAAUCUUCACAUGGAGGAGGCUCCAGUGGAUCUUGAACACCCAACCUCCAGCUUCCUUGUGGAGACAUGUUUUGCACAUGCUCAGAGAGGAACCUAUUUUGAUGGAACAGGUUUUGCCAAAGCAGUUGGUGGAUUCAAAGUGGGAUUAGACCUUCGUGUUGAAUUUGAAUUCCGGACCACUAGAACAACUGGAGUUCUACUGGGAAUAAGCAGUCAGAAAAUGGAUGGACUGGGUAUUGAAAUGAUUGAUGAGAAGCUUUUGUUUCAUGUGGAUAAUGGUGCCGGCCGGUUCACUGCAGUCUAUGAUGCUGGGAUUCCAGGACAUUUGUGUGAUGGACAGUGGCAUAAAGUCACUGCCAACAAGAUCAAACACCACAUUGAGCUCAUAGUGGAUGGGAACCAUGUGGAAGCCCAGAGCCCAAAUCCAGCAUCUACAUCCGCUGACACAAAUGACCCUGUUUUUGUUGGAGGUUUCCCAGGUGGUCUGAACCAAUUUGGCCUAACCACCAACACUAGAUUCCGAGGUUGCUUCCGUUCCCUGAGGCUCACCAAAGGCACAGGCAAGCCACUGGAGGUGAAUUUUGCCAAGGCCCUGGAACUGAGGGGUGUUCAACCUGUAUCAUGCCCAGCUAACUAAUAAAAAUAAGCGUAACCCCCAGAAGGGUCCA